UGCAAUUUCCCCUGGUCCUUCUGUCAGCGGGACAUAUGCAUUAUGCUAGUAUAACCCUAACCCCUCGACGAUCUAAAUUCCCCGCGUGUCUCAGCGCAGCAAGGGCCAGCCAAGGGCAGCCACAGUGAGAAAACAUACGAGGUUUGCUGGAAUGCACGGUGCCGGGCACUCCCCUGGCCUGAAAGUGCAAGCAAAAGGAAAUCAAUCGCGACUCCCGAUUCUCUUCCAGUUGCUCGUCAAGCCCUCAGAAGGCCCGCCUCACCUUUCGUCUUUCGUUUGGCUCUGUCGCUUGUUUUGGUUGCUCAACCGCCAACAGCCAACCGCCAACCGCCAUAAAGUCCGAGAGCUGCAGGGCCCAGUAUCCAAUUGCCUGCCAUCCGAUCCGCCUGCGUCGAAUCUCCCACUUGCCAAAGAUCGAUCCGACGAGCUUUCGAAACGCCCGGUAUUGGCGUGGGUUGUUUAUCCUGCCGUUGUCCUGCCGUUUGAAACCUCAGCUGGAUUCUACCGGACCGUCGUCGAGAGCUCUUCGUGCCUGUGUCCGUCUCUUUUAAGGGGACCCCCUUUCCAACGGCCUUGGGAAGCUUAGGGGAGCAACAAGUCUGCGCCGCUUCCAUCUUUUUACGGACCUCUUCCAACCUUGCUGCUGUUCAUUUCUUGGCAUCCGGGGCAGCUGAUUUUUGGUGGCCAGCUAACGCCCGCCAUCUCCGUCUCCUGAGAAACCCAGCGCCUCCCCGCCCGCUGCAGUCGCAAGCAGUGGACACUGGCCAGAAGCUGGGCCGCCAAUAUAACCAAAAUCCUGCCGGGCUCAGCCUCCCGUUUUUUUGACAACAAGUCUUGUGUGAGUUGUUUUCAAUCGCAAUGCAAGCACUUUUCGCAGUCCUGAUCUCGAACGACAUCGGGUUGUAAUUUGUUGGCCUCCUCGACAUUCGUCCCAUUGCCCACAAGCUGCAAGUCCGUCCCCCGACGCGCUGGACAGAACCCUUCCUGCAUAGGGACCAUGUCCCUCCCCGAACGGCCGGGCGCGAAGCCCUCUUAUGAGGAGCGUCACAGCUACCGGCACACGCCCUCACGGCGCCAACGGCCGGCAGACAUCGAGGCCGGGUACGUCCCGGUCGCCGGCCAGUCACACCAUCAACGUGGGCCAUCAGCCUCCUCCUUCGCCGAGACUAUACAGUCUCCUAAUACAGAAAUAGAGAGAACCCCCUUAUCGCCGACUGGCGAUGCGCCAGCUGCCCCCGAGUCUCCCUUUCAACGUAAACGCAGUCUUAUCCGACCCGAACGAAACAGAAUAGGCAAAGACCACCCAAACUACCACUACCGCAAACAUGCCGCCAACAUGGCCAUCCUACCGUCCUCGACCGGCAACGAUCCGAUCGCCGAAGACUUGGAGGGAACCACCGACCUGUCUAACACUGGUUCCAGGAACGAGGAGACGCCGUCAGACGAAUCGCCGCCGAGAAAGAAAAGGAACUCGAAACACCACCGCGAUGCAGAUGCGGAAAAGACGACCCGAUCAAGACGGAGGUCGAGUGGGGCGAGGCACGGCAAAAUCACCAAGGACGGCAAGGGAAACAAGAAGAAGAAGCAUGUGGAGCAGAUGAGCCCACCAAGUCUUUGGAACAUCUACUGCGCUAUCAUCACGUUCUGGUGCCCAGGUUUUGUUCUGAAGUGCUUCGGGAUGCCGGCUAAGGCCCAGCAGAGGGCUUGGAGGGAGAAGAUGGGACUGAUCAGCAUCAUCUUGUUUAUUAUGGGGGUUGUCGGUUUUCUCACUUUCGGCUUUACGCAGGUUGUCUGUGGCAAACCACCUCUCCGCUUGCGCGUGAACGAAGUUGGCGCGGGCUACAUGAUUUUCCACGGCUCCGCCUACGACCUUGCAUCCUCCCACCACCCUCCCGCCGAAGGCAUUCCCCGCCGUCUUGAUGGAAAUGGCGCCAACGUCCUCUUCGAUCUCCCCGAGAAGCACGGCGGAAAAGAUGGCAGCUUCUUGUUUCAAAACGUCAAUGGAAAAUGCAAAGGACUGAUUAACCCCGCCCCCGGGUCUGACGUCCCUGUUGAUGAUGGCAAUUUAGGCUGGUAUUUCCCCUGCACGACUUUCAACCAGGAUGGAUCAUCAAAGCCAAAUACGACGAUUCCGUAUUAUCUCGGCUACGCCUGCCACACCACCGCUCGCUCGAGAGAUGAUUUCUACCUGAAGCUGUCCGGUGCCGCCGAUGUGUACUUUACCUGGGACGAUAUCAAGAAUAGCUCCCGCAAUCUUGUUGUCUACUCUGGCAAUGUACUGGAUCUGGAUCUGCUCAACUGGUUCAACGAUACACAGGUCACCUAUCCUGACCGCUUCAAGGAGCUCAGAAACCGUGAUUCGGCUGCAAACAAGGCGAUUCGGGGCCGCGAUAUCACCCGUGCUUUCCAGUCGUCCGGUGACAAGCGGAAUGCCGAAUGUUUCGAGGAGCUCAUCAAGGUCGGAACAGUCGAUACGGACACUGUCGGAUGCAUCGCGUCCAAGGUUGUUCUGUAUUGUUCGCUCGUGCUGAUUCUUUCGGUUGUUCUCGCAAGGUUCGUUCUUGCUAUUAUUUUCCAGUGGUUCAUAAGCAAAACCUACGGUGCGAGCAAGACAUCACAAUCAUCCGACCCCCGCAAACGGCAGCAACAGAUCGAGGACUGGACGGAGGACAUCUAUCGGGCUCCACCGCGGUUCCCCGGCGAGGCUGGAAGCAGUGUUAACGGCUCUUCCGACCGUCAGAGCAAACGCAGCAGCACCUUCUUGCCUACUACCUCUCGUUUCUCGGCUGUGUAUAGCGUAGACCGUUCCCAGCGCAAGUCCUCGGUCCCUACAACCAUGGGAGUGCAGAGUGCCGCGGGUCAGCUCCUCAGCCCGAACGCUGUGUACCGGCAUGGUAACGACAGCCGGUCCAGCUUCCUGAAAUCCGACCCCUACACGUCUAACGGCACUCCCAGCGACCAAGGCUUUGGCCCUGGUGGGUUCAAGGAAGGAUUCAUUCACGAGCGUGUGGUUGCUCAACCGCCGUCCGACUGGAUGCCCAAUGGUUUCCCGCUCGCUCAUGCGAUCUGCUUGGUUACAGCCUAUUCGGAGGGUGAACUUGGUAUCCGCACAACUUUGGACUCGAUCGCCAUGACUGAUUAUCCCAACAGCCACAAGGUGAUUCUCGUUAUUUGCGACGGUAUCAUCAAGGGCAAGGGUGAACAAUACUCGACUCCCGAGAUUGUUUUGCGCAUGAUGAAAGACGAGGUCAUCCCUCCUGAUCAGGUCCAAGCCUUCUCCUACGUGGCGGUAGCCAGUGGCGCCAAGCGACACAAUAUGGCCAAGAUCUAUGCUGGAUUCUACGACUAUGGCGCCGAUUCCAUCAUCCCUACCGAGAAGCAACAGCGUGUCCCCAUGAUGGUCGUGGUCAAGUGCGGCACCCCUGACGAAGCCGUGAAGUCAAAGCCUGGUAAUCGCGGCAAGCGGGACAGUCAGAUCAUCCUGAUGUCCUUCCUCCAAAAGGUUAUGUUCGAUGAGCGUAUGACAGAACUGGAGUACGAGAUGUUCAACGGCUUGUGGAGGGUCACGGGCAUCUCUCCUGAUUUCUACGAGAUCGUUCUGAUGGUGGACGCCGAUACCAAGGUUUUCCCCGACAGUCUCACCCACAUGAUUUCUGCCAUGGUCAAGGAUCCCGAUAUCAUGGGCUUGUGCGGUGAAACCAAGAUUGCCAACAAGCGAGCAAGCUGGGUAUCGGCCAUCCAGGUUUUCGAGUACUUUAUUUCGCAUCAUCUCGCCAAGUCAUUCGAAUCGGUCUUUGGUGGUGUCACCUGUCUUCCCGGUUGUUUCUGCAUGUACCGCAUCAAGGCUCCCAAGGGAGCUCAAAACUACUGGGUUCCCAUCCUGGCCAACCCUGACGUUGUUGAGCACUACUCGGAGAACGUCGUGGAUACGCUUCACAAGAAGAACCUUCUGCUGCUUGGUGAAGAUCGUUACCUCUCUACGCUCAUGUUGCGCACCUUCCCCAAGCGCAAGCAAGUCUUCGUCCCCCAGGCUGUCUGCAAAACUACGGUUCCUGAUGAGUUCAUGGUCCUGCUUUCUCAACGUCGUCGCUGGAUCAACUCGACCAUUCACAACCUGAUGGAACUUGUUCUUGUCAGAGAUUUGUGUGGAACAUUCUGCUUCAGUAUGCAGUUUGUCGUCUUCAUCGAACUCAUCGGUACUCUUGUGCUGCCUGCCGCCAUUGCCUUUACCUUCUAUGUUGUUAUCAUCUCGAUCGUCAACUCGCCACCUCAGAUUAUUCCCCUCAUUCUUCUUGGUCUCAUUCUCGGCUUACCAGCUAUUCUCAUCGUCGUGACAGCCCAUAGCUGGUCCUAUGUCGUCUGGAUGAUCAUCUAUCUCUUCUCACUCCCCAUCUGGAACUUUGUACUCCCGACAUACGCAUUCUGGAAGUUUGACGACUUCUCGUGGGGUGACACUCGAAAGACGGCUGGCGAAAAGACGAAGAAGGCUGGCAUUGAGUAUGAGGGCGAGUUCGACAGCAGCAAGAUCACCAUGAAGAGGUGGGCCGAGUUUGAGCGCGACCGCAGAAUCAGAGCCAACUAUUGGGCAUCAAGCGAGAACAUUGCCGGCGGUAGCCAACAACAACAACCGCUGCAGGGGCAUCCACACGGGCAUGGACCAUAUGACGACUACUAUUCGGACGUGUGAAAAAAAAAACUACGGUUAUGGCUUUUUUACCAGAGGUGUCGAUUGUUGUUUGGACAUGAUUUUCAUUUUCAGCGAAAAGAAGACUAUUGAUUUAUAAAAGACGACUGCGAUUGUUUGGCGGUUCGUCGGAGCAGCGUGAUGGGGGGCUGUGUGAUUUGCUUCUUUUUUGUUUGUGUAUGGAUGGGAUUGGAGAGGAGAGCCCGAUUGGGGAGGCUUGGUGUUAAUUUUUGUGUGCUGUUUUCCCUAUUGAUUGAACCCUAAACCCCUAAUCAUCAUCAACUGGAAUUCAUCACACUACUUUUUUCACCCUUUUCUUUCCACGCUUUCCUUUGUAUUGUCCCAUGAUAUCAAGUUAUUAGAGAUGGGGGAUAUAUACGGCGGUUCUUUUUAUCUUUUCUUUAAAAAGAGGAGGCUUUAAAGAUAUCUGGUGUUUACGACGUAUGCUUUGAAUGGCUUUCCCCAAUUUUUUUUUUUUUUUUGGGGGGUAAGUUGUGAUGACUGGGGAGAGAGAUGGAAAGGAGAGUUUACAAGUUUGGGUGAGUGUUUUGUAUAUAGGAAGUUCGAGAAGAG